AAAGGGGGAAAAUGGAACCCGAUCCGGGAGAGAUCUGAAACAUUCUCCGCAUCCGAACUACUGAAGUCCUAAACAAAACAAACUCGAGCAUUUCACUACCACCAGGAGCUUUCUCUCGUUACCAAAAGCCCAUCAACUCGUCACCCUUACACUCCUACUGCCCGAAGAAAAUCCUCUCCGAAAACCACAGAGCAUAUACCGUCCGCGUGCGAGGUCUUCCUAAUCCGUCAACUAUACGCCAGGCUGAGUCUCUAGGUUUGGCGUGUCCGUACUUUCAUAUCCAGACAUGGAUGAUGUUGAUAUAGAAUUGGAUGAGAUGACAUUAGUUGCGGCAGCUGCUGGAUACUACUACCACAACUGCCUAAGCAAACAGCAGCCUUGUCGUGGUUUGUCCUCUAAAGGGUCUGGAUUCAUGGCUGAAUUGCUCAAUGGACCUGAAGAUGUAUGUAGGGAUAUGCUUAGGAUGGAUAAACAUGUGUUUCAAAAGUUAUGUGAUGUUCUUCGACAAAGAGGCAUGUUGCGCGACACAUCUGGUGUCAGUAUAGAGGAACAGCUGGCAAUCUUUUUGAGUAUCGUUGGCCACAGUGAACGCAAUAGAGUAAUUCAAGAACGCUUCCAGCAUUCAGGGGAAACUAUAAGCAGGCAUUUUAAUAAUGUAUUGAAAGCUAUCAAGUCAUUGGCAAGGGAGUUCCUUCAGCCUCCACAGCUUGAUACUCCUCCUGAGAUCCUAAGAAACAACCGAUUCUAUCCAUAUUUUAAAGAUUGUAUUGGUGUAAUAGAUGGUUUGCACCUUCCUGCUCAUGUUCCAGCCAAGGAUCAAUCUCGUUUUCGUAACAGAAAAGGGUAUUUAUCACAAAAUGUCUUGGCUGCUUGCACUUUUGACCUUCAAUUCAUAUUUGUCUAUCCUGGAUGGGAAGGUUCUGCUGCUGAUUCACGUGUAUUAAGAGCCGUUCUUGACGAUCCAGAUCAGAACUUUCCUCCAAUUCCUGAAGGAAAAUACUAUCUUGUUGAUGCGGGUUAUUUUAAUUCUGAGUGCUUUGUUGCACCAUUUGACGGAGUUCGCUGCCGCCUCCAUGAAUUUAGGGGUGCUAAUCAAUUGCCAAGGGAUGCAAGAGAGUUAUUCAAUAACCGGCAUGCAGCAUUAGGAAAUGCUAUUCAGAAGUCAUUUCAUGUCUUGAGAACAAGAUUCCCCAUCCUCACAAUUGCUACUCAAUAUGCUUUUCACACGCAAAGGGAUAUCGUCAUAGCAGCAUGCGUUCUUCAUAAUUUCAUUCGUCGUGAAGAAAGAAACAAUGAUUGGUUGUUUGAUGAGGUUGAAGGAAAUGCAGUUGAAGAUUAUUCUGAUGUAGAUGACCCAUUUGAUCCACUACUCGAUAUGGCACAUGAUCAGGAACAGAUGGGAUAUGACUUGCGAGAAAUAAUUGCAGGUGAGAUGUGGAACGACUUCAUCAAUCAUUGGGAUCAGUGGUGAUAUUGUGGCUUGCAAACAGUUUUUUUUGUAAUGACAUUUUUUUUUAGCACAAACCAUAUGAGUUAGCAGCCAAGGCCCGAUAAUGCAUGACAGUUAUUACGCAACUUUUUUGAACUUUGCUAACUUAUUAGAAAAGAUAGAUAUGAAAAUGUAGAAAUAGGAUUAUGCUAUCACUAGUUCACUACUCCAAUGUAAAUGUGGUUAUGUUAUGGAAACUCAUUGUAUUGACUUCUAAAAGUGGUACAAUAAUGAUUUGUUAAGGUCUUACGCGUGUUUUUUUUAGAAUAGUGGCAAGGCCUUAGUUUUGUGAUCAAUUACAGAUUUACAGCUACAUUGAAUCGAGUCGAAUAGUGGUAUUUUGUAUUUGUA